CGGUUACCAGCUGAAUGACUCGACUCGCCCAAUAUAUGAUACUUCACAUUUCCGUGUCGGGUUCGAUGGGCAAGAUGUACAGAGUUAAGUCUUACUAUGACGCUGAAAUUUGUCAUACAGCUCUUGCAAAAUAUAUUAAACAAAUUAACAUGCAACGUUUCGAAGAAUGAGGCAAAGGUUGUUAAGAAAAUAUUAGACUUGAGACCCCGGAAGUGUUUUUGUGGUCAGAUUAAUUAAGCAAGAAUUGUUUCCGCGGGAUAAUAGUUUUAGUUUGCAAAAGAUCGAGUGCUUUAAAGGAUUGUUACGUUAGAAGUUGAACCAAAAAAUGCAGGCUAUAAAAUGUGUUGUUGUAGGAGACGGAGCUGUGGGUAAAACAUGUCUGCUGAUUAGUUACACGAAGAACGCCUUUCCAGGGGAGUACAUUCCGACAGUGUACGAUAACUAUUCAGCUGACGUGAUAGUAGACGGUAAGCCAAUCACCCUGGGACUCUGGGAUACAGCGGGUCAAGAAGGAUACGAACGCCUGAGACCGCUCGCCUAUCCACAAACGGAUGUUUUCUUAAUUUGUUUCUCGCUGAUCAAUCCAGACAGUUUUGAAAAUGUGCGGCAGAAGUGGUUCCCGGAAGUGAACCACCAUUGCCCUCACACGCCCAUCAUCCUAGUGGGAACCAAGCUAGAUCUCCGAGAUGAUAAGGAGACCACGGAAAAGCUCAAGGUGAAAAAGCUCUCGCCGGUUACACACCAACAGGGCCUGACUCUUGCGAAAGAUGUGAAUGCCGUGAAAUAUUUGGAGUGUUCCGCUCUCACACAACAGGGUCUGAAAACCGUUUUUGAAGAAGCAAUACGGGCCGCAAAUGUCCCACAAAAACACAUAAAAAAGAAGGGUCGGUGUACGCUUUUUUGAUGUCACUGCGCAUAGCAAUCAAUUUUUGUUGAAUCGGUUACUAAUGAGAACUGUUUUAACUGCAAACUGAUGUUUAUGACAUUGUUUUGCAGUUUUGCAAUAUUAAAAAUGGAUGUUAUUAAUGUUAUCGUGUCUUGAACGUUUUAGAACUCAUAGUAUUAUUUGUGUCUGUUCCGUUGGCCUGAAAACUUCUGACUAUUUUGAUAUGUGUGGUUUAAUGCAUUUGUAAACACGUUAUAUAAUCGCCAUCUAUAAUUAAUGUAGAAAGGCAAUUGUUCAGUCUUGCAUGUAUAUGAUUGAACAACUAUAAUUUGUUGCUUUAAAGAUUUUAUUUGUGCACAAUUCAUCUAAAUAUAAGUAUUUAAGUAAUAUCACAUGACAUUGUUAAUUGAAUUUAUUAAAUAAAUUUUACACGCACAGGCUUUAACAUGUUAAGCCACAUAAGUCGGUUAACUGAAAAUUGCAAUGACUGAGUUUGACACAUUGCUUUUUUAUCGGGUAGUUUUUACGUAUGUGGUUUUCAGAACGCUGCUUGUAAACAGCGUUCUGAGCAUGCGUCGGCGUUGCUACGCAUGAUUCGUUGGUAUCUUGUCGACCGCCAUUUUAUUUCCCAGUUUUUGAAUGAAAAAGCACACGUUUUAAUUCAAAAGGUAUAGAGGAGUGUUUUUUUAACAUGGCGUCAAAGUUAUAAAAAGUCGGUGUUUGGGGGCUAAAUAUUCAGCUUAAUUUGUUUCCAAGAUUAGACAUACACUGCUAGUGGACUGUUGAUUCGGACAUGAUGAUUUACAAAUGUGUUUAUUCAAAUAUCCCUUUAUUCAAAAUAAUCAUUGUACUUUUGAUGUUGUUAAGCGGUCACCUUUCCUUUAAUGUUUAUUUGAGAAGAGCCAUUGUACAUCUUGUAUAAGUCAUCCGACUAUCAGUUUCAAAAUGGCGACCCAUUUCGUAGAACGCUUAUUAAUUGUUAUUCAAUUUCUAUUGAUGUUUAGUGAUGGUUUGCAAAAUAUGACCAACUAUUUUCACAAAAAUCACAUGUUUGGGUUUAUUUUUGCGGUCGGUAUUUUGCCUUUUUGUGUCAAAAUCGACACUCUAAAGAGCGGCUUUCUUUUUUUUACACAACUUAAUCACGAAUAGUUCAUGUAUUAUUUCCAGGGACCGCUAACUUAAAGGUUAUCCGAUUUUCCGAUUAAAUAAAUGUUGUUUUUUAAAUAACAUUUGUUUGUUCGUUUUUUGGUUUGCACACAUUUACACACAUUUGUUUUAUAACAUUCGCUUAAUAAAACAUAUCUAUGAUCACGUACUUUUUUUCAAAUAUAUAAAAUGUAUUUAUUUAUUAGUUCAUAAUAAUGAAAUGCAUGAGUACAAGGGAGACAACUAAGAUUGUUUGUGCUUGAUUUGUACAUUAAUUUUGCACGUUGAAAUAGUUGUUAUUUAUUAUUUUAAUAUCCGCAAUAUAUAUUCUUGUUCAAUUUGAUGAUGCCAUACUCAUGUACAUUCGUCCUUUCUGAAAUGAAAUCACUUUUGAACAUAAUUUUGAAAAUGUGUUUAUACGUUUAUUUGUUACAUUUUUAUAAUGGAAUAGGCUAUGUAUUGAUUUUAAAACUUGGAAACCCCAACAAUUUGUUUAUGCAAUAUAAUAAUUCGUUUUAAGUUAA